AUGAGAUUGUACAUUAUCAAUAUAAUUGGUUUAUCGUUGUUCUAUUCAGCAACUUUGGUUUUUUCUACUGUAAUAAACCAUCAACAACCAUUUGAAGUAAAUAAGAAAUUUGUUAAAAUUAAUACUAAUCUCAAGCCUUCGCCUCAUAACGUUGUGCCAGUCGACCGUAACCACAAGUAUAAAAGAGAUUUUGCUGAUCUCGACUAUGAAGAGAAUGAAUUCAAGGAAAACCUUAAUGCAAAACAAGAAAAUAAAGAUAAAAAAAGGGUGAUAAAAUCAUUGGUUAAAACAAACGAAGUCAUACCAGAAAUUUGUAGAGAAAAGGAACAUAUUAUUGGAAAUGUACAAGCUUUAAGUGCUCUACAAUCACAAUGUGAAGAAAUACAAGGAUCGUUAAAAUUCUCUGAUUUCAAUGGACCAAUAGUUGACUUAGGUAAUAUAAAAAUUAUUCAUGGAGAUAUGAUAAUAGAAGAUGUUAAUGAUUUAGUGCAAUUCCAAGCUCCAAAUUUAAUAACCAUUGAUGGAAAUUUUGUUUUGAAAAGUUUAACUUCAUUGGUCCAUAUUGAAAUACCAAAUUUGAUCUUAGCAAAAUCUUUAGAUUGGAAAAUAAUCCCAAUUUUAAAUAGUCUAGAGAUGAAUAAUAAUCUAGAAAGUGUUAACAAAAUAUACAUUAUCUCAGAUACAUCAUUAACUAAUCUAGACUCGUUCUCGAAAGUAGAUGAUGUUGAAAUAUUUAAUAUUAAUAAUAAUAGGUUUUUGGAAACAAUUAAGGCCAACAUAAAGGUCGUUUCUAAGCAAUUAAGUAUUCAUGCAAAUUCAAAAGAAUUAGAAUUGGAAAUGCCAUAUUUGAAAACAGUUGAAAAUAUUACAAUUAGAGACACUACUUCAAUUUGGUUGCCAAGCUUAGAAUAUAUUGAUAGUUCGAUGGAAUUUAUUGAGAAUUACUUUACUGAUCUAAAGAUACCAACUUUAAAAUAUAUAGGUGGGACUCUGGGAAUUAUUGCCAAUAAUAAAUUGACAAAUGUUGAUUUUAAUAAUGUUACCAAUAUUGAAGGUGGACUAAUGAUCGAAAAUAACUUAAAUCUGGAAAGAAUUGAUUUUUUGGAUUCAUUAAAACUAAUAGGAGGUGCCAUCCAUUUUGAAGGUAAAUUUAAAGAAAUAAAAUUCGAAAAUUUAAAGUUAGUUAAGGGCAGUGCAUUUAUUAAAAGCAGUUCAGACUCACUAAAUUGUAAUCAAUGGCUGACUCCUGUUAAUGGUCGUUCGAUAAUCAGAGGUGGUAAAAUUAAAUGUACAUCAGGGAGAAAAUUUAAUACAAUUAAUCUCGAUGAAGAUGGGGCAAUUAUACCCGGAAACGAUAAUGAGAAUGGCGAAGAGUUUGAUGAUAAUACGGAAAAUGUUGGUACUAAAGGUGGAGAAAAUCCAUUUUCUAUUAAAAAUAAGAGAAAGAAACAUUCAAAAAAAGCAAGAAAAGGUGUUAAAGUAACAAAUUCCGGUUCGAAAUUCGGAACCUCACUUAGAUUAAGAAUACACUUGAUUAUUUUAGUUUGUCUGGGUUUCGUUACUUUAUCUCCUUUCUAA